AUACCAUAAAGUAAAGCAUUUCGGUAAGUACAGCAACUGACCCAUACUGAAUUGGAGGGUUCUCUAUGAUAGUUUUCUACUCGCAUUUGAAUGAAUGAAACAGUAUGGACUGAUAGAAUAUUUUUUUUUCUUGAUAAUAGAACGCAAUAAAACAGAACGUAAAUUAAAACAAGCCAAACGAAAAUUAGAGGAAGCAGUCGACGAGGACAGUAAACGAGCAAUAGACGAGGAAAUACAAGAAUUAGAGAUACGAUUGUUAUAUAUUACGCAUCAUCCACGCACGGCUGAUUAUGUAUCACUCUAUCCCAAAUCCAAUGAGAAUGAUCCCAAAAGCCAGAAAAAGCGUGAAAAGCUUUUGAAUGAUAUCAAACAAGCAUUGAAAGACGGCGAUAAGGAUUUGGUACAGUUAAACAAGCGAUAUAGAGAGAAUUAUAAAGAGCAGUUGAUCAAAAGAGGUAUUCUUCAGCCCGUAACGCCCGUUGAUAUCGAAAACUUGGAUACCAGCGCUACUAAGACUGGAGAUGUUGAAGUUCACGAAGGAGAUACAGAAAACAAUGACGAUUUCUUCGAAAUGUAAAUAACUUUUUUUUUUUCUGUUUUUUUGAAUUAUUAGACAUCACUAUCAUUAUUUAUAUCGCACAUCAUUAUACACAAAUCACAAACAAUCACCUUCACUUGCAUAUCUGACGAAUUUCUUGUCCACUAGAUGAUGAAAUAUUAAAUAUCUUUAUUGAAUAAAGAAUAGAAAAUAAAUACA